ACAAAACAUUUUACCCAAAAGUAUAGCCCUUAAAUUAUCAUAUAAGCCCCCCCCAAAAAAAAAACACGAAAUUGAGUUUAGUGCUCCUGUCUCUGUCCACUGUCUCCACCCAUCACACCUCUUCCUGCCCGGAGAGAGAGAGAGAAAGAGAAAGAGCGAGAGAGAGAGAGAGCGAGAUUAAAACCAGACAACUUUAAGAUGACUCGGAGCAGCGCAGUCAUCUCCUCCUCUCCUACUCUUUCUCUCCAGUCUGAUGCAGACUUCAACCAUUCAUCGGAGGCAGGUUUGUAAAGGUAAUCCUGAGACAGAAGUCUGAUCCCGAGGCUGUUGGGACCGUCUGUUUUUCCCUCUGCUACUUUGUGUUUGGGGUUGAGAAAACUUGUCGGAGCAGGUUUUCUUUCUUGUCCGGACUUGGUAUCUUUUUCACUGCAUCAACACUGAAAUCACCCCGGCAUCAUUCUGCACCCUGAGUCCCUGCUGAAUUUCUAUCUAAAGUAGGAGGUCCGAGGUCGGCAGGAACAGACAUGAGGGUGCAAACUUCCUCAAGAGCACAGAUUCUACGGGAGCUUCAUUUUCGAUGCCAGGCACUUGCUGCCAAUGACAACAGAGGCUUUAAACAGGAGUUUGAGGAGCUGAAUGAAGUUGGCAAAGACCUCCCCACCAGAGCAGGGGACUCAGGGGCCAACAGAGAAAAGAACAGAUACCCCUACAUUUUACCAUAUGACCACUGUCGCGUGAGGCUUUCCAUUCAAAACUCCCAUCCACACACUGACUACAUCAAUGCAAAUUUUGUGCCUGGUGGAGGAUCGGAGAGAGACUUCAUCUGCACCCAGGGUCCUAUGCACAGCACCAUGGCUGACUUCUGGAGGAUGGUGUGGGAGCAAAACGUCAGGAUAAUCGUCAUGGUGACAGCUCUGAGACACAAGGACAUAUUGCUCUGUGAUAAGUAUUGGCCCCUGGAACGAGGGACAGUUCAUCACGGACUGAUCCAGGUAACAACAGUGACCCGCAAACAAGGUCCAGAUUAUUUUAUCACCACCAUUAACCUCAGACAGAGAGACUGUCCAGCAGACAGGAUGAUCACACACUACUACUACCCUUCCUGGCCGGACCGGGGCAUCCCUAAAGACUCAUUCUCUCUCUGUGUCUUCACCAACCAUGUGCGGCAGCAUUUGGAAUCCAUCCCUCGCCUGGGGCCGGCUGUGGUGCACUGCAGUGCAGGUGUUGGGCGGUCAGGGACGUUUGUGUCAUUGUUGUGGCUGAUGCAGCUGUGUGCUAGGGGCAUCCAGCCUGAUAUCCGGGCUGCUGUGGAAGAUCUACGGCUACAUCGAAUGUGGAUGGUCCAGAAUCUGGAGCAGUACAUAUUUGUACAUUGGUGUCUGCUGCAGUGGCUCAGUGGAGGAGCAGGAGGAAGCUCGGCAUGCAGCCCACAGAUCCAGGGAGCCAGUUCGAAUAUUAACCACCACAUUCAGGAUCAACCUCACAGCUCCUCGGGAUGGGGAGACCGAACAGCGAGGAGGAGACAUCGCCGUCACAGACAGAAACCUCCACCAGACCCACCACAGAGCACAAUACAGCAGAUUUUGCACCCUGGGAACCUACUGAGGAGGUUACUGCCCUCCUCAUCCCUGUUUAAUCCAAGCUCACACACCUCCUGAACUCAAAUACUGGAAAGCUGGUAAUAGAAAGACACAAGCAAGACACUGGGUUAAAAAAAAAAAAAAAAUUGAAACAAAAUUGAAAAUGACAUCACACACUACCCGAGACGCAAGGAUAGAGACUGCAGAAAUAAUGCCGUGUGCGCUGUAUGACAGGCCCUGCAGGCAGAAAACUGGCCUGACAACACACAGAUAAAUGCUGGUAAAGAAACCACAGAGGCAGCUGUUCAGACUGCUACCACGGGCGUAAUAUUAAGGAAAUCACCUGCCAUUCAGGUCAAACCUGUUCCUCUACUGUGAAUUACUUACAGGAUUCAUGAGAACAAUGUGAGGCUGCUACCUGUGAGCACUCAUGCUGCAUAUAAGCAUGAAAGUCAAGUCAAUUAUAACUCAAACUUUUAUGUUAAACCCAUGU